CGAAUCACAUUCAACCUAUCUCUUGCGAUUGAAUGCACGAGACCAAAUAUCCAAUUUGAUCUAAUGGAAAAUAAUGGGGUAAAGAACCCAAUUUUUGUUUACGUGGCGGAAGGGACGCAGCAUUCGAUAGGAAUAACUGCCAAUGGAGCAGCUUUCUCUUGGGGUCGAUCUACGUCUAUGGGUCAGUUGGGGCGCGAUAACACCGACAUGCCCUUUAAAAGACCUGGUCGAGUUAACCUUCCUAAUAGUGUGAGGGUAACGAAAGCCUUCGCGAGUAACAAUUCAGAUCCUGAAUCUGGUCACUCUGCAAUAAUCGACGAUAAAGGAAAUCUAUGGAUGGCAGGGUGUGACCGAUGGCAGCAACUUGGUCUGGGGAGUUCCAAUAGCGGCUCUACUGGCUACACAUGGCAAGGAGGAAAACAAUGGCAAGAUCGCUUCCAAAUUUCGCAAUCUGUGGAAGAACUAAUGAAAAAAGAUAAUUAUUCGGGCAUUCGUGAUGUAGCUCUUGGAGGUGAUCACACGUUGGUGCUAUCAUCGAACAGAAGGUUUGUUUAUGCAUACGGGAAAGGUGGAGAUGGACAACUGGGCUUUGUCGGAAAGCCAUUUGUUUCGGCACCGAAGCGAUCUCCCAUCCUAUCAGGGAAAAACAUUGCCGCGGUUUGCGCGGUUGAGUCUUGCUCCGUGACACUCGAUGAUGUUGGAGCUACCAUUGCUAAGGUUGGGAAAUGUCGAUCUUCGAAAGUAUCAGAAGGAAUCAGCAGAUGCGUGGAAAAUGCGAGACGGCAGGGGCUUCUAGAUAGCAACAAGUGACUCUAUAGGAAGAUUCCUGAGUUUCGAGAAGAAAAGCUUUAAUUUCGUGAUUUUUCGAGACUAGCACGAAGUACUAUAUGGAUGUCAGCUAGAUUGUGAAUUUUUCGUCGCGUUGAAGUCAGUAAACAUAUCUUUAAACAAUUUGUACAGGUAUGCCUUCACACACGAUAUUCUUAGGGUGUAAAAGUCCUUUGUUUUGAAUGACUUUCUCACCGCGGCGGGAAACCAACGAUGUAUGUUCUUUGGUGCCAUAAUCAAUAGUUUCACCAAUCUCCAACUCGAUUUGUUUUCGAAUGGAAGGGUUAGCAUACACAGUCUCGAGAAUCUUACGCUUGAGUCGACGACGAUUCAGACGUCGAGCAGAAAUGUAUCGUGCCAAAAGAAGAAGGAAUAUCAGAUACAAAUAGUUGUAAAACAGGAACCGGCUGACAAAAGCUUCUUUUUGACGACUCAUUUCAGUUUCGAGGAAAAAGGUAUGUUCCAACAUCCGAAUGGAAUUAGCGCAAUCUUGAGACAGUACUUCUUGCUCAAACGAUCUUUUCAAGCAAGCAUUCUUGCUACCGAAAGGCAGUUCUACGUGAUUAUUGAUUGUCUUGGUGUCGAUCUCAGUCAAACGACGUGCCAUUUGAUGGUGUUCUGAACCAGCUUCCUCAAAGAGUAUUUGGGCUGAAAUAUCGCCAAACCACGCGGUCGAUAAUUCGUAAGUUGAUUCGCUCGACACGAGGAAUGAAUCGAACACUUGAUUCAUGAAGUGAUCGAUUUCAUGGUCUUCGGGUGCGGAAGGGACAUUCGCGCUCGGGGCAGACACAAAAAUCCAAUCAAGAAUAGGGUCGCCAGAGAGGAAAAAGAUCGGAAGGGGAUUUUCCUUCGGGAAACAAUAUCUUUCGACAUCACGUGCGCAAAAAGUUUCGACUUUGUGGUAAGCGGCAUGGCUCAGUAGUUCUAAGUCAUCGUGGUUGGCUUGACUUUGAAUUGCUGAAACAAAUAUUGAAAAGAGUAAAAGAUUGAAUAUUAA